AUGGCCCAAAUGAUGCAGCCGUACCCCAUGCCGCUGGGCUUCUUCAAGCAAUUCCAUGUCCAACAGCCCGGCGUGACGCUUGAGAUCAAGGAGAAGUCAUUGUCGCUCUCUGGCGACAGCUUUGACAUCUGCAUCGUCCACCCAGACGGCCAGCGCGUGCCCGUCUUCAAGGUCAAGGGCGAGGCCCUGUCCCUCUCGGGCCGCAAGCACAUCUCCGACAUGCAGGGCAACCACCUUUUCGACCUCCGUAAGGAGCACUUGACCAUUCACACAACCUAUUACGCCGAGGAUGCCUCGGGCAACAAGUUCCUCGAGGUUGUCAGCAAGUUUUCGAUCGGCAGCUCAAAGGCGAUAGGCAAGUUCACCAAUGCCUCGGGCAAAGAGGAGCGGCUGCUCAUGAAGGGCGACUUUUUCUCGCGAUCCGCCACCAUCACCGACGAGGCCACCGGCGUGCCCGUUGCCAACAUUGCCCGCAGCUUCGGCGGCAACAUCGGCCGUGAGCUCUUCGCCGGAAAGCAGACAUAUCUCGUCAACAUCGCGCCCAACGUGGACAUGGCGCUCGUCGUCGCCAUGUGCAUUUCCCUGGACGAAAAGAACGAGAAGGGCAAAUAA